UUAUCUCGCCUCAAUCUUGGUAGUUGAUUUACCCAUGCUAGCCUCUGAUUACUUCUGUCUCUCUCUCUUUUUCUUUUCUUUUUCUUUUUUUGCUAUGGCUGAGUAAACACACAAAGUCUAAUAGUUCCGCCUAUUAUUCUCUAAUCUAAUCUAUGUAUUCCAUAUCAGAUCUCUGCACCGGCCCCCUCCCAUUCUCAAUAGAAACAAUAGUCUCCACCUCUCGACUGCAACCCCCCCUUCCCUUGUGCGCUCUCUCUUUCUCUCGCUCUCUCUCUCUCGCUCGCUCGCUCGCUCUCUCUCUCGAAGUCCGUGGGAUCCCCAAUCGAUCCCCUCCGCUCAUUCCUUGCAUCACCUUCUCCUCACUGAAACCUGUUGACGGGAUCUGCACCCAGCAUAGCUGAUUGUUCCUCCAAUGACUGUCCGCCGUGGAGAUCGUGCAUCAGUUCCUAUCCGAGAGCACAUGGCCAUCGAUGUGUCCCCAGGACCAAUACGGCCCAUUGCCCAAAUCUCAGCUUAUUUUCCACAUCCUGGGCUGGAAGGAGUGCUGACGACACAAGAUAGGAUGAGGGGUGAAGGAACAACUGUACCCCCAGGAACUGGGGAAGGAGAAUCUACUGAAGGAUAUGAUUCAGAUGAGAACACAACACUUGGGACUCUUGAAUUUGAUAUUCUCUAUGAUCCAGAAAGCUGCACCCUUGACUGCACCAUCCUACGAGCCAAGGGACUGAAGCCAAUGGAUUUUAAUGGCUUGGCUGACCCUUAUGUCAAACUACACCUCCUUCCAGGCGCUUGUAAGGCCAACAAACUGAAGACCCGCACUCAACACAACACUCUGAACCCUGUGUGGAACGAGGCUCUCAUCUAUAAUGGGAUAACUGCAGAGGACAUGGCUCGGAAAACCCUGCGAAUCACUGUCUGUGAUGAGGAUAAAUUGACCCACAAUGAGUUCAUCGGAGAGACGCGGGUGCCGCUGAGACGCCUGCGCCCUGGCCAAAAGAGACACUUCAACUUGUGCUUAGAACGGCAACAACCGCUGGCAUCCCCUUCUUCUAUGACUGCCGCCCUGCGUGGAAUCUCCUGCUAUCUGAGAGAGUUGGAACCCCCAGCUGGCUGGGCCCUGGAAGAAAGGGGUCGCAUCCUGCUCGCCCUCACAUACAUCUCCGAACGUCAUGGAUUACUGGUGUCUAUUCUCCGCUGCGCCCACUUAGCUGCUAUGGAUGUAUGCGGCUACUCGGACCCUUAUGUAAAAACCUACCUGAAGCCGGAUGAAGAGAAAAAAUCAAAGCAUAAAACAACUGUGAAGAAGAAAACUCUAAACCCGGAGUACAAUGAGGACUUUUUCUAUGAGAUUGAACAGUCAGAUCUUGGUCAUAAAUCCUUGGAAAUCACCGUUUGGGAUUACGAUAUUGGGAAAUCAAAUGACUUCAUUGGUGGGGUGACCCUGGGAUUAGGGGCCAGUGGGGAGUGCCGGCAACACUGGCUCUCGUGCCUCCAGACUUCUGACUGCCGCCUGGAACAUUGGCACACCCUCACCAACGAGCUCCCAGAAUCCUCCACCUUUGGCCCUUGAGGCCUCCGUGAUCCCCAUAGAACAUCACCCUUCUAUCUUGCCUGCCUGCCAAAAAAAACCAACCGGAGGGGCCCAGCACCCAGAGGCCCCUCUUUUGCACGAGGAUGUUUGCACGUUUCAAAACUACUUGUUGUGGGGAACCAUUUAUGCUAUGCUCUAGGGAGGCACUUACUGUAGAUGGAAGGCCACGCGUGGGGGAUUAGGGGCAGAUGCAGAAGGGCUGGAGAGCCGAGAAGAGCAGGAGGCAUCUGACGGGCAGCCAUUGGAAUUGCUAUGUAUCCCAAAUGAGCAUCAGAUGGGUGAAAUCAAAAAUAAUCCCUCUGACCUUCCGGUCUUUCUCUCCCCCCUGCUCUUUUCUCUCACCUUAUAGCCUAAGAGUGGUUGUGAAACGCUUCUACUUUUGUACAAAUCAUUGCUGGCUGCAAAACAUUUUUUUUAACCUUUCAAAAGGAACAAACCGGUCAAAAGGAUGAAGUAAUUUUAUUUUAAAAUCCCCUAUAUUGGCUUUUUUUUUCCUCCUUAUUUUUUCCACAUGGGCUCUUGUUUCUCUUAACUAAGAAAUGUCAGAAGCAAUUAACUAUAGUAUUUCUGUAUCAUAAAAAAAAGUAAUAAGCAUCUGCA